UGUGUACCUUCCUCAUAUAAGGCGUGGUUAUAGGAUCAGUAGGUCCAUUGUACACACGAUUUCCUCCUCAACCGAGCCUGAAACGAAAGUGAAACAGUGGAUGCAGUGAAAUAGGACGACGCGUUUCAUACCCAAACAGUAUUCGCAUGAGAGGGGAGAAACGAUGGAUGAAUAUCCUUAUCCCAUCACUGUAGACGUCAGUUGGACAAAGUCUGUCUCUAAAGGGAUACAGAACAAGCUUCAGAUUUAUUUUCAAAGUAAAAAGAAGUCGAGUGGAGGGGACUGCUUGGUGCUCUACGAGGAUCAACGUUCCACUAGAGCAACUGUUUAUUUCAAAUCUGAGGAUGUCAGGGAAAGGGUUCUAUCGAGGGAUAACCACGAAAUAACUGUAGACAAUGAAACUGUGAAGUUGCGCUUGUCAUCAUCAUCGGGGGAAAAUCUGAAAGAGGCUUGCUCUCCGUCGCUUGGUGCUACAAGCAAUGAAUUGUCAGAUGUGUCAAGUGAAGCACAGGAAGCUCCCAACUCUGAGAGUGGGCCUGGAGAGGAGGGUGGAGCUGAGGUGUUCCCUCAGAGCUCUGCUGUGGUGCUGGAGAGGGUUCCUGAGAGCAUGCCGAGAGACUUGCUGACGUUGCUGGUGGAGACCAUCUCUGGCCUGGAGGAAGACAACUUCUCCAUGGAGGUCGACAACUUCUCCCUGGAGGUCAUCAGUGAGACAAACAGAGCUGUUGUGACCUUCAAUAAUCCCAAAGAUGUGGAGCGUUUCCUCACUGAGAGCAAGAGCAACAAGAGUUUCCAGAAGCAGGGUAUGAUUGGCCGGUUGCUAGAGAGGUGCCAGAGUGUGAGAGUGGAGAACCUGCCCUCCAACAUACUUCAAGAUAUGCUGGAGCUCUACAUUGAGAAUUGGGCUGGCCCAGCAAAGGACAUCACUGUAUUCCAUGAGGAACAGGCAGCCAUUGUCACCUUCCAUGCACCAGAAGUUGUGCAAACCACUCUAAAUAAACGUCUUGUAAUUGGCAAAGUCCCAGUCAACGUGUAUCCAUACUACGAGUCCUUAGGAACUGCCUUGUAUGGAAAGGAAAGGCCAAUGUGGAAGAUGCCUGACCCCUUCAUAGAGUGUGUGCAUUCUGCUGUAUGGAAAUUCCUCUCCAUGAAGAGACAGUUUUCCCGCAUCACUGACCAGAUGAAGGCCCACUUCUGUCAAGUAGACAUGGAUACUCCUGAGGUAAAACUCAGUCCUUUGCCAACCCUGCUAAGGCAGAAAGGACUAACAAGCAAACACGUAGAUGGAUGGAAGCAGAAUGCCUUGAUCGUCUUCUGUGACAUAAUGGCCAAAUAUGCUGUGUUUGAGUGUUUUGUAAGUGCCCCAGCAUGGAAGGCAGUGGAGAAAGAAGUCCGCUCGGUGGUGAAAGAGGAUGCUGUCCUAGCUAUGGAUGCCUCUAAAGGGUCUCUGACAGUUGCAGGUCUGGCCGAAGACACGAAUCGACUCAGGGGGCUGGUGGAAGACCUCAUGCAGAGGGCCAUGAGUCAGAUAGAGAGGCAGAGGGACGGCAUCUCGGAGGAGAUGGACGUGUCCCCUGCCAUGUUCUACAUCCUGCAGCAGAAAGGGCUUCUGAAGCACGCAGCAGACGAAGCCCCAGAGAUGUGUUUUUCUUACAGAGACGACACCAAGAAGUUGGUUCUCUCAGGGCUUGUCGCAGAGGUGUACAAGGUGCAGAACUGGAUCCUGGAGAGGAAGCUCAAGAUGGAUAAGAAGCAGCUGAAGCUGGACACCCAACUCCUGGACUUCCUGCGGUCAGUGGACAGUAUGGAGAUGUCCCAGGACCUGUUCACGUCCCGGGGCAUCAGUGCUGAGUACAGCGUGGAGGGUGGAGAGGUACUUCUGACUGGUAGCUCAGACAAAGCAUUGGCUGAUGCAGAGCAGAGGGUAAAGACUGCCCUGUCCCUGCAGAGCCUGAAGGUGGAGGACCAGGAGGUGCUGAGAAAGCCUGAGUGGAAGGAUCUGAACAACCAGCUGGUGGAUGCCUACAACUCCUUAAAGAAAAGAACGGUGGUAAUAAAGCAUCACCCAGAGAGCAGAGACAGAAUCAUUGUGUCUGGCUUCCUGGACCCGGUCAGAGAGGUCAGCAACAGUCUACGGGACUUUGUUGAAAACUACUCACGAGUCAAAGAGGCUGUCCAUCUCAAGUCCUGUGCCGUUGUUAAAUUCAUCCAGGAGUACAAAUCUAAGGACUGGAAACAUUUUGCCAAGCGUGAUGAGGUGAAUAUCCACUUUGACCUCAGAAGGCCCAAAAUUGUCCUUUCUGGAGCCCGUCUCUACGUCAAGAAGGCCAAGGGGUCAUUUCAGAAGAUGGUAGCAGCCUUCUGCACUGAUGAGCUCACCAUCAUGAAGCCUGGAGCAAGGAAGUACUUCCAAGAGAAGGGAAGCAUGGUUUUUUCAAUGGCGAUGAAGGAGCACGGCUGUGUGGUGCUGCUGCAGGAAGACUACAUGCUCGAGGAAGAAGAGGGCGAGGAUGAAGAUGAGGAGGAAGGGUUUGGUCCGUCAUCCUGCUGUGAGGUGAGGACACCCAAUGGAAUCCUGGUCUCCGUCAGUAAGGCUGACAUCUGCAAGUUCAAAGUGGAUGCAGUAGUCAACGCAGCCAAUGAAGACCUGCAGCAUAUUGGAGGCCUGGCUUCAGCACUACUCAAGGCUGCUGGUCCACGGCUGCAGGAGCUCAGUGAUCAACAUGUCCGUAAUAACCGCCGACUGCAGCCAGGAGACGCCAUUGUGACAGAUGCAGGCAAUCUGCCCUGUAAGUAUGUGGUUCAUGCGGUUGGUCCACGGUUCACAGACUUUGACCAGAGAACAGCCAUACAGCGUCUGAAACAAGCUGUGAAUGAGAGCCUGAGGGAGGCUGCGAAGGUUAACUGCUCAACUGUUGCCGUCCCGGCCGUCAGCUCUGGGAUAUUCGGCUUUCCUCUGGACCUGUGCACUGAGACUAUUGCUGUGGCAGUGCGUGACUACUGUGAGAACCUAAGAGGUCAGACCUCUCUGACUGAGAUUCACCUGGUGGACAACAAUGACAACACUGUGAGAGCCCUGGCCAGCGCUGUCCAGAAAACGUUCAAUGACCUGCACCCAAAAAUGACCAGGCCUCUGCAGGGUGCACAACGGGGAAGUGGACAACAGGGAAGUGGACGACGGGGAAGAGGACAACAUAGUUACGGACAUCAAGGACCUGGAUAUCAGGGACAUUCACCAUGGGGACAUGGGCAAUGGGAACAUGGCAGAAGAGGUGGAGGUAGAGGGGGAGGAGAAGGUAGAGGGGGAGCAGAAGGUAGAGGUAGAUGGGGAGGAGAAGGUAGAGGGGGAGGAGGAGGUAGAGGGGGAGGAGAAGGUAGAAGUAGAGGUAGAGGGGGAGGAGAAGGUAGAGGAGGAGGUGGAGGUAGAGGAGGAGGUAGAGGUAAAGGAGGACAUGGAGAUAGGGGAGGAGGAGUUAGAGAAAGCAUAACUCAAAGAAAUUAUCAUGAAAACCAAAAGGAGCAGAGGAGAGAGUAUGGCCAAGAGAGGAAGUUUGAGGGGGCAGGCAGUGGGGAAAUCCUACAGACCAAUUACACACAAGGGGGUCUGAAGAUCAUUCUAAGGAAGGGAAAUAUCCAGGAGGAAUAUUCUGAGGGCAUCGUCAACACCAUCUCUGAGGAUUUGGACCUGAGCAAAGGUGCUGUGUCCAAUGCUAUCCUAAAGGCAGCCGGUCCUGGGCUCCAAUCAGCAGCCACAGAUGAAGCUCGCUCCAACAGAUUAGCCUAUGGUGACGUUGUGGUCACCGACGGUUACAACCUGCGAUGUCAGAGGGUGAUCCAUACUGUCUGCCCCCAUUGGGACCAGGGAGCUGGCUCAGCAGAGAAGAUAUUCAUAACGAUGAUCAGAGUUUGCCUGAGUAAGACAGAGAAGCAUAGGCUGGCAUCCCUGUCUUUCCCUGCCAUUGGAACUGGGAACAUGGGAUUCCCUAAGGGCCUGGUGUCCAAGCUUCUUCUGCAGGAGGUCAAAGACUUCAGCCAGAGAAGAAACUCCACACACCUUAAAGAGGUGGCCAUCGUGGUCCACCCCAGUGACACCCAAACUGUGGAUUGCUUUGUCAGGGAAUUCAAAGGUCAGACACAAGGGUAUACUUGGCAGAGUUCACAAGGUUCCGGCCAAUCACAACAUUCCAAAUCUUAUGUUGGCCAAUCACAACAUCCCAAAUCCUAUGUUGGCGAAUCACAGCAGCCAUCUGGCUUCUUUGGACAGGUGACAUCCCCUUCUCUGGGUGUGUACAGCAUGCAGAUUGGUCACAUUACUUUUGAAGUGUCAUCAGGAGACAUCACCAAGGAGUCCAGUGACGUCAUUGUCAACUCCUCCAAUAAGGACUUUAACCUCAAAUCAGGUGUAUGCAAAUCCAUUUUAGAAGGAGCUGGAUUGAAGGUGGAGUUGGAGUGCUCAGAGAUUGUCAAAUCCCCAAGCUUCCAACCAUGCAGUAUGAUCGUGACAUCAGCAGGAUCUCUCCCAUGCAAAUACAUCAUGCACAUUGUGGGACAGAAUGACCCUGAGAUCAUUAAAGAGACUGUGUACAAUGUUCUCAAGAAGUGUGAGGAACAAAAGUCCACCUCAGUGUCCUUCCCAGCGCUUGGAACAGGCCAGGGUGGGGCGAGUCCCUCUGCUGUUGCGGACGCUAUGAUUGACGCAGUGGUGGAGUUUGUGAAGAAGAAAAAGGGAAAGAUUGUGAGAAGUGUGAACAUCCUGAUAUUCCAGACUGCCAUGGUGACUGAGUUCCACAAGAGCAUGAAGAGGAGAGUGGGAGAGAUAGUGGAAGAAAAGGGCAUUUUAACCAGGUUAAAAGAUACAGUGACAACCUACUUUAUGGGACCCAGUGAUGAGCGCUCUGCCCGUGAGAACUUUGUCAUGCAGGGAGAGGAGUUUGCCCCGACCGUGUUCCAGCUGUGUGCAGAGAGCCCCCAGGCUGUGAGCCAUGCCCGAGACUGGGUUAAAAACCUCAUAGUGAAGGAGCAAACUGAGAAAACCAUCAAGAACAUGUACAUCAGCCAGCUGAGCCAGGGGGAUGUGGAGAAGUUGCAGGCCAUGCAGAGGGAGCUGACGGUCAGGAUAUGCCUGGAGAAGAAGGGCCCUGACUCCCUGAUCCGCCUGGCGGGCCUGAGCCGCGAUGUGCUUACAGCAGACGGCCUCAUCAGGGACAUGGUCCUGGACAAGGAGAGGGCAGAGUACCGCAGACAGGCAGCUUUCCUGGUGAGCAGCCUGGUGGAGUGGCAGUACCAAGACUACAGUGGGACAAUGGUGUCUUUUGACAUGUUCACCAACUACAACCUGGAGGAGGCUGUGAGAGACAACAGCAAAGUGACAAUCAAGAUCAACAAUAAGGAUUAUGAGGCAAAUGUAGCCCACAAGAGAGCUGUCAAGAUUGGGGGAAAAAGAGAAAUUGAGUUACUGAGAAAAGACCUGAAAGGUGGGUCCAUCCAUAAUAAAUCCUCAUCUGUCUAGACUGCAUUAAUAUGAAAUUAUGGAGAACGGUGAUAUUAAAUAUAAAAGAAUGUGUUUUUUUUAAGAACACAUUUUUUGUGUAAUGUUGUGGAUGCAUACAGUAUAUCAGGGGUCUCCAACCUUUUUAAUUCGCAAUAGCUACUUUAUAGCUUUAAUAUAGGCACAUUCUUCUCUUAUCCUCUACCCUACAACUCGUCUGUCAAUAUACCUGGUAAAAUAAUGGUUAAUAAGCACUAUUUGACAUGACAGGCCUCAUACAAUUCUCUUGUAUUUUCCAUAAUUCUGUUUUCUCUGUUUUAACUAUUUUUGUCUAUUUUUUACUCUCAAUAUUGCAAUUAUUCAUAGAUAAACAACUAAAAUUAAUUUUCUGAGUGCAGGUCAAUGUUUACCUCACAUCAGAAGACAAUUUUUUUAGGUAAAAAAAUAAGUACAAAAAAACAUUUUAGAUUUUUUGGUUUAAUUCACCUUUAUUGAGCAAGAGAGGAAUGUGUCGUUCUAGCGAUGUUUUUCCGCGGUUAGGCCUACUGCUGCAGCACAUGUCAUGGAACUGAGUAUGUCAUCAAUAUGCAUGUAAAGUUGUGAAUGAUUGAGUCUUUUUAAUGACAAUACUUAUUGCGGAAUGAAUUGACACCUAAAUGCCAAACUCUCUACUGUGUUUUGUCCAGACGAUACAUCUGCGUCUCUACCUGCUCUAAUGAUCUCAAUAUAGGCAUUCAAUAAAUAAUUGUUAUGAUUUAUGCACUUUUUCAAUCUGUUACAAUUCACCCCAAGCACUGUUAGAACUAACCCAGACCACUCCUUGUAUUUAUGA